AUGCAGAAGCGCUGGACCACCAACGCCAUUUACCCUCAAGAGCGAGACCACGUCUUCUUCAUUAACACCACUGCGGGCAACGCCUCCUUGGCUAGCUUGCUCACCACCAACCGGGGCGGAGUGGCGAGCCGCAGCUACGUCCUGGCGCACGGAACUCCCCGUGGCGGCACGACCACUCGCCUACUUCAACUGCGCGACCAGCUGGCGAACGAAGGCUAUGAGUGUGCCAUGAUCUCUCUUCAGGAAGGCAUCCCGUUUGAGCUCGUAGCUGAGUUCUGGACGGCGAUGGGCAGGUUCAUCCAACGCCACCUGGGCAACACGGCUGAUGAUGACGUGGACCAGAUCCACGACGCCCAGACCUUCAUCGCCUUCUUCUCCCGGGAGCCGUGGGCUUCACGUAAGGUGGUCCUGAUCGUCGACCAGUUCGAUCUCUUGAACAAUGCGGCCGAUCUGGUCAGGGACCAGUUCCUUGGCACACUGCGCGCCAUGCGCGAGUCCGAGGCCAGCCACGGCCUGCACGCCUUCUUCGGAGUAGGACCCUACAGCAUACUAAACCUCCAGGACCACCCCUCGUCUCCCUUCAACGCGUGCGAUGCGUUCGCCUUGCCGAUGUUCGAGCGCAACCACGUUCGCGAGCUGUUCAACCAGUACUCACGCGAGUCCAACGUCGAACUGGCCCCUGGGAUAGCCGACGCUAUCUAUGACCUCACCAGUGGGCACCCGGGCCAUGUCUGCUUCUGCGGCAAGAUGAUCGCAGAGCACCUGGCCACGGGGACCAGAAAGGUGGCCUACGACAGCUGGGUGAGCUACGCCGCCGAGCAGCUCUUGCCCAGGCUGUGCGCGAGCUGGGCCACGGCCGGCCUGGCAGAUCACCAACUGAGCGACAAGCCAGAGCACAUAAAAGCCCGCCACUACCUGACCAACAACUUCCUGCUGCAGGACCCAACUCCUCCCGACCACCUCCCCGUGGUCGCCGCUGUGACGGAGGAGGACCUCUGGAUGUGCAAGUUCCUCGCAACAGAGGGCACCGUCCGAGAGGUGAGCCCCAACCAGUUCAUGCUAGCCUCGUUCCUCGUACGCAACAUGGCCACGUGGGCCAUCAUCAGGAACAGAGAUUGCUAA